UGAUGUUUAAAAUAUAUUUUGAGUUUUGUCUUAAACAGAUUGGUUCAAGAUGUUGGGAUGAGUGAUGCAACUCAGUUGACUUGGGGACUUGUGAAUGACAUGUAUAAGAUGGAUCUAAUUCUGGUGCAUUCACCAAAUCUGAUUGGAUUAGCCUGUAUUUAUGUAGCCAGUAUGCUCAAGGAGAUAGAGAAGCGAUGCUUGGAGGGAGCUAUUGUUGCUGAUAUAAAAUCUGUUGCAAAAAUAUCUCCUCGGAAUUUGGUUCUCUACUCCUGCGCCUCAUGCGGUCUUGCCCCUCUCCGAUACUGCUUAGGCCUAGAGAUUGCUUGUUGGAUUGCUCUUUUCAAGGGUUCAAGGUGCUUACUUUUAGGGGCUCAUUUACAACUUCCUCUAACAAUUCGAAGUGUUGAAGCUGAAAAAAAAGGAUUAGGAAACACUCUUUUUAAACGUCUUGCAGAUUUAUAUGGAGAUGAUGUCAUGUCUAUGCUGACUGUGCAAUAUAGCAUGCAUGAACUUAUAAUGACUUGGUCUUCUAAAGAGCUUUACAACAAUAAGACUAAAGCUCAUGCAAGUGCUGUUGGACAUACCCUAUAUGAGCUUGUAGGUGUUGAGAAGUCUUCUUCUUCCACUGAACCUACUCUUCUUCUCAUAGACAUUGCAGAGUGAGAUAUGGAAGAAAAGAAGGAUGAAGAAGAAAUCAUAUUGAAUGAAGGUGAAGCUGAGAUUGAUAUAGCACAUGCAAGAAGGUUGAUUCAAAGUGGUGUACAUGCUUCUGAUAUUGGAGUCAUUACCCCUUACUCAGCACAAAUUGUGUUGCUAAGAGUGUUGAGAACAAAGGAUGACAAGUUAAAGAAGU